AUGGAUUAGCAUAAAGAGUAGGAUUUGAUUUCGAUAAGAAUUAUCAUAAUUUAUUAUUAAAAACGAGACAAAAAUCUCAAACUGUUCACGAUGGAGAUUUAAAAAAUUAUAAGCGGUAGAUUAAAAAAAGCAUAUAUAAUUGUUUAUUUAUCAGACAAAAAUUUAUUGGAAGGGGUCCAUGGUACAUUUACAAUUUUCGAUAAGAAAUUAAUCAAAAUAAAUUAUAUUGAAAUGAAAUGUUGAUAAACAGUGUAUCUAUUUAAGAAUCAAAUUUGUAUAGGAAAGGUAUAAGUGUAAUUUAGGAUUUUAAGCCUCCUUUUAUUUGGAUUCCUGAACAAUAAUUCCAAAUAAAUUAAGAUAUGAAAAUAUAGUGAGUGGCCUUACAAGAAAAACCAAUUAGAUCAGUAAUAUUUUCAGUAGGUGGAGAGCAAUAUGAAUAUUUUGGUACCAAUUAAUAACUUAGAGAACUUAUACUAAAAUAACAAAGCGCCUUUCUAUGUAUUUUAGGUCAAAACAUAAGAUGAAUAUCAAGCUGAUUCAAUUUUAGGGAAAGAAUCAUAUGCUCCAGUUCUGGAAUUAUUAAAUUUAUAUACUUAAAAACAAUAUGCAGCCAAAUGCUUCAAUUAAUAACGUAUCAAUGAGAAAAAAAUAGAAAUAAACAAUUACUAUAAGAGAUAGAGAUAGAGACUAUGCGUAUACUCUUUAGAAAUAAAACAUUAAAAUAUCUUAUAAUUACAUGAACUUUAUUUAGGGAAUCAAAAUUACUAUUUGAUAAUGGAGUUGGCCAAAGAAGGAUCACUCUUGUUUGAUGAAAAAGCGUUAGACACUUUCCAGUAGAUCUGA